CGUGACAGGAACCAGAAGAUCAUCAUUACUCGGAAUCGUCUCGUUCAUGAAGCAAAGACCACACUGCAGAAAUCAAGUAAGGAUACCAAGUAUUUUUCUUAUUUCAACAAGCUGGGCUUCGAUAUCGCUUUCUUCAAAGCAAGCAGAACUGUCUUGAUAUCGGUAUUUUUUGGAUAGUGUCGCGUAUCAGUGCCUUACAUUAGAAAACGAUCAUUGUCGGAUUAAGUUUAGACUGUAUUGUAUCAUGUCUAGAAAAGAAGGUAAAAAAUCUGGGUAAGUGUUGUAUCAAUUGGAAUAACGUUGAGAACCAGCUCUAGGAAAAAUCGUGUCAUUGUGACUUCAAUUUCUUUUACAAGCGAAGGAUCUUACAACAAGGUGUAUCGAACGCAGAGAUAUGCGCAACGCCCACGUUUGGUAGGACCCGAUUGCCGAGAUAACAGCUACUCCCGAUAAGGACGCAUGGCUUCUGUUUCACGUGUCCACGACCUAGAUUCUCAUACAAUUUACUUUUGUUCCUUUGUUUUCUCGUUUGGCCUCAAACAGCAAUGGAGGGAAAUCUGCCGCUCCGACUAAUGCCUGGACGCGCCCGUUGCGAACCACGGAACCUCCGGGUUUUACCAAAUCAUCGGCUGCGCCAUCACAGUCCUCGUUUGUUUCACCCUCUGUGAUAGUGCAGAAUCGCAAACGCCUCAUCGAUCUGAGUCUUACCCUCGUGGGCCAAAAAGUCGUUCUGCAACAGACUAAUGGCGCCAUCGUGGAGGGAAUUUUCCACACAUUUACCCCGUUUUCGAGUUUGCAACCCGAUCAGAGAAACCGCUACGUGCUGAAGGAAAUUCUCAUUCGACAACAACCAAAGACUGGUACCGAAAUGAAGGAUGGAAUCACGUUGAUCGUCCCUGCCUCCAAAGUUGAAUACUUGCACGCAAAGGAUAUUGCUUCUAGUCUCACAAGUAGUAGAAACAUGAAUGGGGCAUCGAGUGGAAUGAUGUCCAAAGGGGCUUUUGCUACUGACACGCAGAUUUCUGGCAACGCUAGUGGCAGCAAGCAGGAGUUGGUUGCUGCCGGCAAUGCAUGGACGGCUGGUGGAAACAGCAGUGGUGGUUAUAGAAACCAAGGACCCGGCAUGAUGAAAGGUACGAACUCGCGUGCAGCCGCUCUGGCGGGUGAUUCUAGUGGCGGAAACAACCAACAAGGCUCUCUAGCGGCGUCUGCUGCAAUGGGAGCGAUUGGGGGGUCGAUUGGGGUUUGGGAUCAGUUUGAGGCGAACCAGGACCUGAUCAACGUAAAACCAUCGUAUAACGAGAAUCUUUAUACCACGGAGCUCGAUAAAUCCCAAAUAGAUUCGAAGCAGAAGGCUGCUGCGGAGCGAAUCGCGAGAGAGAUCGAAAGUAAGGCAACCACAAACAUACACAUGGCAGAAGAGCGCGGGUUUAAGGUCGAGACUGAUUUUGAUGAAGAAGACAGGUACUCUGGCGUAUUGACCAAAGACGGAAAACAGAGACACGCUAAGAUAUAUUCCAAGCAGGCUAGUAGUGAAGAGGAAAGUAAAUCUGGUUCCAAGCCAUCAAAACAAGCCAUUUCCACGUCGGUUGCACCCAAGAAGAUCAUGAAUUACGCGGCUGCGGCUGCAAAAGCUGACACAACGAAGGAUAAGAUGGCACCCCCUGGAUUUUCGGAUAACAAUGCUGCAGUUGCUACAUCCACUACCAAGGAUAAGGAUAGUAAGGUAGAAGACAAGGUGGAGGACUCAGCCAAAGCUAUUGCGACGCCCGAAAAGAAUAACCUAGAAAAUGCCAAAACGAAACAAAAGAACAAGUCGUCGAAGGAAGAGAAAGCCAACUCAAAGAAAACCGAAGUCAAAACUGAAGCUUCCGAAUCUAAGUCGACGAAGGAUGAGGAAUCUCCAAAAGACAAACCCGAACCCGCUGGAGACAAAAAGGAGAAAGACAGCGACGAAACGAAAGGAAAAGAAGAAAAGAAAGAUGUUAAAAAAUCGAGCAAGCUUAAUGCCAACGCCAAGUCGUUUACUUUUAAUCCAGCCGCUAAGACUUUUACCCCUUCAUUUGGUACCCCUACACCACCAGCUCCUUCGCAGCAUACAGGUGGAGAUCCUGGUAUGCAGAUGUAUGGAGGUGGGCAUCCGAUGCAGCCUCCGCAUUAUAUGCCGACUGGUCCCAUGGGUCAACCAGGUGCGUAUUCAUUUUCAGUUGAAUCGAUUAUUUUUCUUAUGACGGGUAUUGCAAAUCGCUAACAUCUUCUUCUAUAUUAAUACUUGACCAGGCAUGAUGUCAAUGAUGAAUCCUCAAUAUGCGGGCAUGAGAUAUGCGUCUUCAUACGGCAUGGAACAACACAUGUCACAGAUGCAACACCAAGGGCCGCACGUGCAAGCGCAAGCCACACCCUCAAUCUCAUCAGCUCCAAACAGUGGAAACGCACCCACACCAACGACUGGUGGUGGUUCUAGUAGCGGGAAUGCCAACGCCAGCGAGGAGGACCCGGCGCGUCCAUCCCGAGAAGGAGACGAAGGAUCGCAGAGUCAAACGCAAGGGAGUGGGCAGCAGCAGCCACCGCAACGUUCUCAGCAGCAGCAACCGGACCAACCUGUCCAACCCCAAGGCCCACCGCAGCAACAGCAGCAAAUGCCUGUACAAUUUCAGCCAAAUGCCUAUUUCACACCAGGGAUGGCAAUGCCCCCGCGUGGACCGGGAUAUGCUCAGUUUGUAGGUGGUCCGCAACAAAUAGGUGGUCGUCCAGGGGUACCACAAUACGGCAUUUAUCCGAUGCAACCAGGAGGUAUGCCACCAAACAUGCAAAUGCGUGGUCCAAAUGGUGCUCCAUAUUAUAGUGCUACACCAAAUGGGCAUAUGCCAUACCCACCAUCAAGUCACAUGGGGUAUCCUAUCAUGGACGACGCAGGUCGUGGCCGUGGAGGCAGAAACAACAAUGGUGGUCGAGGAGGCCGAGGCCGCAGUGGUCGUACCGGACCACGAGGAGGACGUGGGCGAUCAAAUUACAACAGCAACAGCAAUAAUGGCAGUAAAAAUACCCAACAACAGUACAGCCAGCAAUCCCAACAGCAGCAGCCACCGCCUCAAUCAAGCAAUGAUUCGUCGAAUAAGUCUGACUAAGGAUGGAGACUUCCUCGCCAACGACUAGUUCUGUCCGGAAUUCGUUUUAAUUGAAAUUUAUUUCUGCAGGCUGGAUUCAAUUUAUUAAAAAGAAUGAGUUAAUCUAGCUAGAAGGAGUAAGGCAGUCAAGUCAAUCGAUCCGAGUUAAUUCAAUCGAUCUAUGGUUUAUUGCAACGAGAAAGUGCGUUAAGGUUCAUGGUUCUUUUCACGAAGUCAAAAGGGCAUUCUAUUCCAAUGAAUUGUAGAAAAGAAA